AUGGAUCUCACUCAGCUCGAUCAUGUUCUCGAACGUUUGGCAUCGCGCUACAAGGUGGAACACCCAGGAGGUGUUGGACAAAUGGUUGGAGUCGCGACAGCGCUUCUCGGGACCCUAGAAGGACGAGGGGGAAACUUCCCAUGGAAGACACUACCUACCGUUCUAGCCCAUCGUGGGUGUAUCCUCGAAAACUACCCUGACAAAAUCCUUCUGCCCGGCGAGAGACGUUUGACACUGGCAAAGAGCAAGGGCAUACACGACCUCACAAGACGCUCGCAAAGGUCUUACGGCCUCACUGUGUCCCUGUCAUCGUUGGAGAAGCGCCCCAUUAAUUCACUUCACACUCGCGGGCGACGAAUGUUUGCCAAUGGACGCAUAGAUAGGCUUGGCCUGACCCGUCUGCACAACACCUCUCAUUCAACUUCUGGCCCCACGUCAUCUAAUUCAGCGCAGACUCCGUAUGUUCGUAGAGGUACCACUGGCGCCGCCCUCCUGGAGGUUGAAGGCGAUUCAGCAACAUUCGCCAGUUGCUGGACCCAGUCAUAG